AUGGCUGCCUGGGAGAUGGAUGACGACCGCACGACGGACCUCGCCACCGGUUCGUCGCCCAUGGUCCCGGACCUACCCCCCUUCGGCACGCCUUCCGGAGCCUCGGAGAGAUUGUCCGGCGACGCCGUGCCAUGUCCCGGAAGGCGCUCGUCUCCGGCCCACGCAUCGAGCGACGGCGGCGAGAAAAGGCGCUCCAGGGACGUGACGACGGACGAGAGCAUCAGCAUCCUAGACCCCCGCAGAUUCACGCCCACCCUGCACGCCAACCUCGUGUCCGAGAUUCUGGCCCUGAGGCGGGACCAGGCCGAGAAGGCGACGCAGAUCGAGAGUCUCGAAACCACGCUGCACGCCGCCAGGCAGGAGCGCGACCGGCUCCAGGACAGCCUGAGGAGCACGGCCAAGGAAGGUCGCUCCCUGAAGCGCCAGCUCUCCCUGCUCGAGGGUGGAACCGCGUCGGCCCUCGGCGAGUUCGCCCGCGAGAGAGAUGAAGCCGUCGACUUCGUGGCUGAGACCAAGAGGCGUCUGGAGGCGGCCCAGAAGAAGAUGCGGUGCCAAGAGGACGAAUCCCGACGCCUUCACGACCUCUGGGCCCUCGAAAAGGGCGGCUGGGAGGACGAAAGGCGCAGGUUCGAGCGCAAGAUACACGUCGCCGAGAGUCGCCUAAAGACCGUCCUCGACGAGGUGGCCGUCUACCAAGCUGUUCGGGAGCACAGGGCGGGCACCCAAAGCGGGACCGCCAGCGCGCGCGAGAGCGAAGGGGAAGAAGCCUUGCACGGCCUGGACGCCCGGAGCGUCCGGACCGUGAGCAGGACCAGCAGUGUUCGACGCUCGCAUCGUCAUGGCGUCGGCCACGCCUUUGGUCCCGACGGCCGCUCGCUGGCAGACGAGCUCGAGUUCGACGACGACGAGACGGAUCUUGACGGUCGCGAAAGCGCCCCCUCGAACCACGCAAGCCCCGGCAGGCGCCGUCGCGGCGACGGCCGAGACGGCGUCUCGAGCAGCAUCCACCACCGGAUGCCGAGUGUGGAAGGCUUGAAGCGCCCCGGCAGCGUCGUCCACGGGAGGCCGUUCGCGGCCGAGCCGCUCAUGGCGCCGCUGGACAGCGACGAGGAUGAGGAGCGGGAGCCGGAGGCAACCGUCGUCGGGUCCAUCGACGCCCAACCUACCUCGCCGGCACCCGAAGCCGCCGCCGCGAAGCCGGCCACGGCCGAGCUGGCAACCCGUACGAGGAUGCCCGAGCUCGACGGCCCCGCGGGAGGGGAUUCGGAGAUUGAGGCGAACCAGAGGCGGAAGCGCGUGCAGGUUCGUCGGCCCGUCCUGAUCCUGGCCUCGCCGAAAGCCGACAUCCGCAUGGUCUCGGCCGCGUCCCAGACCAUGGAGCCACCGUUGAGCCCGCCAAAGACACCCGAGUCGUCUUGCAUGGGCUCGGAGUCGCCGCCCGGGACGCCCGGCGUUCUCAUGGUGAGCUGCUCCAUGCAGACCGAGGAGCCUGCCGUCGUCGGUGGUGAGCCGGAGGAAGCAUCCCUCGCCGCCCAGCCCUCGCCGCCGUUGCCCAUCCCGAGCAUCAGCAUCCAGCCUCCCACGAGCCGGCCGACGACUCCACAAGCGCCCCGGCUGCCUCAGCACUUCCAAGACUUUGGUUGCCAGGUGAACCUACCCACCUCUGACAGCGUCGUCGACGCCUCCGUCCAGACGGAGGGUAUACAGGUCGACAAGCGGCUGGCCUUGCUGCCGCCGCACCUUCGGCCGUCGACCAUUUCCUCGCGGCCGACGUCUCCGAAUCGAACCACCAGCUCGGAGCGGGACGCCGACUUCACGCCGGUCCCCGGAAACCCGCCCGCCCGCAACCCCCGACGGCUGAAGGGCGGCCGAGCCCCUCGCGCAAUGCCGCCGUCCCCCCCGCUCGACGGAGACGACGACGAGCCCCGCGACGACAGCACCCUGUCCAGCCGCCGAGGGGCGCCGACGAGACCGUCGCACCACUUCACGAGCAUCUUUGCAGGCUUCGACACGGCCAGCUCCGACGAAGCCGACGAUUUCGACGGAUACCAGAGCGACUCCGAGUAUCGCACCGCCCUGUCGGCGCCUAGGCCGAGGUGGAUCUCGAGCCGGCAGAAGCAGGGACCCUUUGGCGCCGGCACGAAGGUGCCAGGUCCAAACUCCCAACCGUGGGCUGGAGGCGUCGCCAAGGCUGCCGGCGAGACGACGCGGGACGAGACGGAACCCCUUUCAAAGGGGCAUGACGGGAAGCUCAGCAGGACGUACGAGAAAUCGCCGCCGCCGCCACCCCCGGCGUUGGGCCGCGCCGGCGUCAUCCGAAGGGCUGCCGUGAUCCAAUGCGGCAUCGCCAUUCGGCAAGGCCGCACGAGGAGCCCCAGUCUUCCAGAUCCCAGCCGUCCCCCGUUCCCGAUCCCGACCCGGGCAAGCUCCAGGGUGCCCGGCGUCGGUGCGGGCACCCCGAGCGACGGCCAGCAGAGCCCGACCCGACGGGACGGCUGGCCUCGGAGGGGAAGCAGCCGCUCCUCCUACCAGGGCCACAACGUUCGCAAGGUCCGGUCCGCGAUGGCUCUUCCGCAGGAGCGACGCGAUCGAGCACGCGUCAGCUCCUCGCCGCCUCCGCUGUCGCCGUCGACGGAAGCGCCGGCGAGCCCCGGCUUACCGCCCCUGCCCCUGAACGACAUCACAACGCCGCGUACCAGGGACGGCGACAGCAGCCGCCGCAGGGGACACCGCCAUGAGCCGUCGACGAACACGGACAUGACCUACAACACGGAACCGACAUCGCUGACGAGCGGCUCGCAGAGCCCCGGCGUGGUCGACGCCAUCGCUCAGACCAUGGUCGGCGAGUGGAUGCUUAAGUACGUCCGCAGGCGAAGGUCGUUCGGCGUACCCGAGGCCGCGGGCAAGGACGAUUCGAGCAACGACCGUCACAAGCGGUGGGUGUGGCUGGCGCCGUACGAGAGGGCCAUUCUCUGGAGCGGCAAGCAGCCUUUGAGCGGCAGCGCGUUGAUGGGCAAGACGGGCCGCAAGCGUAAGCGACCGACCCCCCGCUCGAGCUGGUGGAUGGAAAUGCUGACAUGCGCAGUGACGAUCCAAUCCGUCCUCGACGUCAAGGACGACAACGCCGCGCCCAAGAUCAUGCCGCACGUCUUCAACCGGUCCAUCCUGAUCCUCACGCCGCAGCGCGCGCUGAAGUUUACGGCGCGGUCGCCGGAGCGGCAUUACCUGUGGCUCACGGCCCUGUCGUUCCUCGCACACUCAUCCCAUGCCGUUCCGGAUGUCCUUGCCGGACCACCGGCAUGGCGUCGGGCGAACGGCCAGCGGGCGCAUCCGGAUUUCGAAACGUCGCGAGCCAAGCUCAAGCGCGGUGGCAUCAGGGAUUCGAUUCGGCUCGCAAAGGGCAGGUCCGACGGGUCCAAGGACGCCCCGGUCGGCUCAUCGAGCAUCCCCAGCGUCCCGUCUUCGCGCAUGGGCGAUGCGGCGCACCUUCGGCUCGCUGGCGGCCGCAGCCGAGAGCAGCUGCGGGAGGCGGCCGAGCCGCCGAUCAUCCCGCGCUUCACCGAGCGAACCGUGCAGGCGACGGAACACGGCCGGAAGCGAAGCAACACGGGAGGGCUCGUCGCCCCGCCCCUGUCGUUUCGUGGUUUCUCCGGGCCAGCGGCCGGCGGUGGAGCGCACCACCACCUGUCCGUCGGCAUGGCGAGCGGACGGGGCGGGACGGCAGGCUCGACGGAAACGCAUCAACCGCGUGCGUCGGGCAAUACGGAAUGGGGCGUGAGCCGGAAAGCGUCUCAACGCACUCUGGCGGCGUCCUCGAGUCCGGCGGGCAACUUUUUCGACGCCGUCGGCACGGUCCGCAUGGAGGCUUUUAUCGGCCCCCUUGCCUUCUCGCCGACCUGCGACCAUGCGGAUGAGCUGGACGAGGUUCGGCAAUCGACGAGGAGGCGAAGCAAGGAGCUUCGGAGGAGGAGCAGCCGCAGCAUUCGGGAAGAAUGCCUCGGCCGAAGCAGGACGGUCGAGGACGACUUUUUCAACGACGACCCGUUCAAGGGGUUUUGA